AUGAUCCACUCCCUCUACAUCAUCAACAAAGCAGGCGGUCUCAUCUUCCAAGCAGACUACGCAGCAGGCCUCACGAAGCUCUCUGCAAAUGACUACCUCAUCCUAGCGGGUACAUUCCAUGGCGUUCAUGCCAUUUCUAGCCAAAUCAGCCCGGUUGCUGGUAGUUCUGGUAUUGAAGUCUUGGAGACGGAGACCUUUCGCUUGCAGUGCUUUCAAACGCUGACGGGCAUCAAGUUUCUGCUUUUUACUGAACCAAGACAGACACAUCCAGACCAGCUGCUGCACAGGAUAUAUGAGUUGUAUGCGGAUUAUGUCAUGAAGAAUCCAUUUUAUCAGCUGGAGAUGCCAAUACGGUGUCACUUGUUUGACAAGACCAUCACGUCGUUUUGCACGGGCACAGCAUAG